GAUAACGUUAUGGCUCAGCUUGUACUGCAGGCGCUCGCGCUUGGAUGUCAGUGAAAGUCCAGCUUCGUCUGGGAAUCCAACACAAUUGUAACCAAUUAAUUCCACGAUUGUUGUUAUUUUUCUUUUUCUACUUUGAAACAAUGUUGUCUCACCCGUUGCUUGUUCGCGCCGUGGUGUUAUUCGUCUGUAUCGGUGGAGCGCCUUGUACACAGCCGGGUAUAGAGGAUGCUUACACAGACGUGGUCGGUGAGGUGUCGCCGGGAGGAGAGCAUCUGACGGAGGAGUCCGUCCGCUCGCUUUUUAAUACCCUGGAGAAACGUGUGCAGUGCGAUGGAGUGUCGUGUGAAAAGUGCGACCUACCGGGCGGCGUCUACCAGCUCGUCGGCAACCCCUCCGCCCCCGGAGCGGGCGCCGGGGCGGCCGUCGCCGUCAACGUGUCCCAGUUCCCGCACUUUGCGUCCGGGUGCGUCUUCUACCUGAGCGCCCCUGCUGCGGCCUGCUCCGCGGUCAGGGCUGGGCGGUGGGCGGAGGAGACGGAGCUCUUCCUGGACCGAGUGACCCAGCACGUCCACCCCCACGACGAGGAGCCCCACGCACACCAGGAUGAGUCCCACAGCCAUGAGGGAGGCGAAGAAGAAGGCCACCAUUCGGAGGAGGGCCGCCAUCUUGCGGAAGAGGAGGCCGCUGGGCACCAGGAGGAGCAUGUGGACGUGCACGGAUUGGAGGCCCUGAUAGAGGAGAUGGAGAAGCACUAUGUGCCGCUAGCGCUCGCCAACGAGGAAUGUCUGACGGCCGACGACAUCAUGGCAGAGAUUAACCCUCUCUCAGCAGGCCCUGAACAGGAAGUAGAGCGCGGUGCCGUGUUUGGUCGUAUUCUGUACCAUGCCCUGAUUGGUCACUGCUUCACCAGACAUCCCCUGCCUGAAGAGGGCUACUUCCUGGAAUACAUGAUGGAGUGGAUGGGCUCGGAUAACUUCACUGUCAGAGGGUUCGAGACUUUGAUGAGAACCCUGCAGAUCGGACCCAGCGAUGACCACCAUCAAGACCACGGCGAGGGGGGUCACCAUGACGACCACGCCGUAGACGACCACGCCGGGCAUGACCACGAACCCGGCCGCCGCAGGAAGAGGAGUAGCCACGGAGCCAGAGAAGGACAGGAAAUGAAGUUGCCUGGGGCAACGCCCCGGUGUUUCUCAGCCCAGGAGCUGCUGCUGAUCCACGGCCUGACGGACAACAGCUCAGACCCGGCCGGUAUGAACCGGUCCGACAUGGCGCGGCUCAGCCCGGCGCUGGUCCAGCAGAUCCUCAGCCGGGCCUGCAGCUCCGGCGCCGUCUCCCCGCCGAGGCACGACGGACUGACCCAGGCAGAACGUUACAUCUACGCCACCCUGGCCAACGUGCUGAUCACCCUGACCUCCAUGUUCGGCAUCGUGGUGCUGCUGUGCACCUCGUGCUCCAGCGUCUUCCAGCUCAUCAUCCAGCUGUGCAUCAGCCUGGCCGUGGGCUCGCUCACCGGCGACACCCUGCUGCAUCUGUUGCCAAUGUUCCUGGGACUGCACGGCCAUGAGGGUGGAAGCCACGCGGACCACGAAGGGGAGAGCAUGGACUACGUCUACAAGAUCCUGGUGGUGCUCGGGGGGAUCUACUACUUCUACCUGAUGGAGACCAUCUUCUCUCUGGUGACCCGGAAGAAGGAGGACCACCACCACCACCCGCACCAUCACGGGGAGGAGGCGGAGCCUCAUCACUGUGACCAUGGGAAGGUUCUGGAGAUGUAUCAGCAGGACAAGAUACAACAACAACAGGCCCAGUCCAUAUCCCAGGCUGACCUGGUUCCAAGUGAGACCAGUGAGAAGACUUUCCCUCCAGCCCUGCAACGCAGCAGAGAAAAGCGUCUGCUGCCCUACAUGAUCACGAUCGGCGAUGGGAUCCAUAACUUUGCCGACGGCCUGGCCAUGGGCGCUGCCUUCUCCCUGUCCUGGAGGUCGGGGCUAGCCACCUCCCUGGCCGUGCUCUGCCACGAGCUGCCCCACGAGCUGGGCGACUUUGCCAUACUGCUCCACUGUGGCGUGUCGGUGCGUAACGCCCUGCUCCUGAACAUCGGCAGUGCCAUGACCUCCUUCGUGGGCCUGUACAUCGGCCUGUCGGUGGCCACAGACCUGGCCACCAAGCAGUGGAUCGCCGCCCUUACCGCCGGCCUCUUCCUCUACGUGGGCCUGGCUGACAUGCUGCCCACCAUGAUCCACAACAACAGUAAGAGGCCGUGGCUGAUGUUCCUGCUGCAGAACGUCGGCCUGCUGUCGGGCUGGGGCAUUCUGCUGCUGCUGACCCUCUAUGAGGACCAGAUAGGAGUCUAACUCUAACGCCAACACACACACACACACACACACACACACGCACAC